AUGCCUGUCAGGAUGAGGAUGAGAUGGACCGUCUACGCCGGGGUCUCUUCGGCCCUGGCUGCCGGUGUCAUACUCAAAGCCCUUGCGCAGCGGCCUAAUUUCUAUUCUGCCGCGGUCUACCUCUCACAAUCCUCCGCGAACCUCAUGAUUCUGACCAACCUUUUAUUUGUGAUUGCCUGCAGCUUUCUUCUUGGCCUCCAGAAACUCCUUUACGGAAACCUGCGGCCCAUCGAGGUGGAGCAACUCUAUGAGAAGGCGUGGUUUGCAGUCACAGAAACAUGCUUGGCCAUGACUGUCUUCAGAGGAGAGAUUGGUCUUACCUUCCUUGCCAUGUUCUUUGCUCUGCUUACCGGCAAGGUCUGGGGGUGGAUAGGAGAAGGCCGGGUUGAGGUCCUAGAACAACAGCCUCCGCAGAACCCGAGACUAUUUCAUACCCGUUUGGCUUUGAGCUUGGGUCUGAGUGUCGCGUUUGAUCUGACCAUGCUUGAACAUGUUGUCAAGCAAGUUUUGCGCAUGGCCAGGCCUGAUAUGAUGGUUAUGUUUGGUUUUGAGUUCGCCGUUCUGUCGAUCACGAGCAUCAGUACUGCCAUGAGAUACGCAAUCAACCUGGUUGAAAUUGGCAUUGUUCGAGAACAGAAGAAACAGCGGAUUGAUGAGAUCAAAAAGGAGAGAAUGCAAACAGCUGUCACCCAAUAUCAGGAAGCUCUUGCGCGGGGGACUAAUGCCGACAAUCCAUCUGGCGCGCUGAACGAAUCACCGGCGCCAGCACCAACUCCCACUGCCACCCAGCGGACUCUGGAGCAGACCAUCCAAGAUGCCUUGAACGAAGGAGUGGAUGAGAAUGAGAUUGAGGUGGAAGGAUGGGAGGACAAAGGCCGCUACAUCUUUUACCUGGACCUUGCCACGGACUUUUUCAAACUUGUGAUUUAUCUUGCCUUUUUCUUUAUCCUGCUCAUUUUCUAUGGACUGCCGAUACAUAUCCUGCGAGAUGUGUUCCUCACCAUGCGGUCAUUCUUGAAACGAAUUUCGGAUUUUAUGAAGUAUCGGACAGCAACCAGAGACAUGAACGAAAGAUACCCCGAUGCGACGGCAGAUGAUAUUGGUCGAGAGGAUGUCUGCAUAAUAUGCAGAGAAGAAAUGCGACCCUAUCAACCGCCAGUAGUCGAGGAGGGCCAGCAACCACCUCGUCCAAAUCCUGUGGCGGAGAGAAUGCGACCCAAAAAGCUUCCAUGCGGACAUGUAUUGCACUUUUCUUGCUUGCGGAGUUGGCUGGAAAGACAGCAAAUCUGCCCCACUUGUCGAGCUAACGUAGUGCAGACUGGGAGAAAUCCGACUACAAACACAGGAGCUGAUGCAGAGGGAGUUCAGCCACCAGGGCGUCAAGCAGAGGCAGGGCAGCAUCAACAUGGCGCAAGACCAGGACCUCGGGUCUACCAAUUUGGCCCGUUGCGGAUUGGGGUCGGUGCCGUUAGAGGCGGUAAUAUGUUUGAGGAGUUGCAACAACAGUUGGCAGCCGACGGCAGGGCAGGUGAUCUGCCUCCGGCUAAUGGAGAUGCAAAUGGCCCUCGUCAAUUUGGCGUGGGUGUUCGAUGGGCAGGCUUGCGAGGACGAGGGACGAGAAUUCGAUCGCCGACCACGCGGGAAGGGCUGGAUUACGUUGAAUCCCAAAUUCGUCGGGAAAUCGAUGAGUUGGGUCGAGACACCAACGAGCUUGGUGUUCUUCGAUCUAUGCAGGCCGAGUUGGAAAGACUGAGAGCUUUACGAUCAGGGACCGCACCGGAACAGGCGACUACGACUAGAGUGACUCCAGCGCCUUUACAAAACGGCGGUUCUCCUUCUACUCAAGGCCCAUCCACGACAGCUCUCACUUCGGACGGACAGCAAAGCGUGAUUGAAGCAGGAAGCGACAGACUACCUCCUGGACUCAUACUACCUGAAGGAUGGACAAUGAUGCCGCUGCAUGCCGUUCCUCCAAAUCAACCCUUUCCGGCACCUAUUUUUAACGGCCAACCAAUGCCCAAUCAAUAUAUGCAAGUCUUGGGAUAUGGUCCAUUCAAUUUCACUCCGCCUGGGGUCAACAACCUGAUGCAGAUGCCGACCAAUCGGCCAGGGCUUAACAUGAACGCCCAUGAACCACCAGCCGCAAAUCAGACAAAUGGGAUAACCACAACCACGACGACCCAGGCAGAAGAGAAUAGAAACGAUGUUGAUCUCCAGGAUCCCAUUUCGAGAUUGGUCAACGCUUCGCUCCAACAAGAGCAACAUGAGCAGUGGUUAGCUUCCCUAAGGAAUGGCAGUGACCAGAAUGGUGCACCAGCUCAACCCACCGCGGUCAACACCAACGAUUCGGAUAGCACAAGAAAUGGAAAUGCAGGAGACAAUGGGCGACAGGAUGAAUCCACGUCUCGUGACCACUAUGAGUCGUCCAGCAGACACCUACCUCUACCGACGUGGGGUUCGUCUGUUCCCGAUGAUGCAGCUCAACCCAGCAUGGGCAGCAGCACUUCUUUGACAAAUGGAAACCACGAGGGUGGUGAGGAUAGCGGUGCAUCGCCGUCCAACCAUAAGAAAAAACAUGCUACUGUGGAAGAUCUAGUUGAGGAUCCCGACUGA